CAUAAAGCGUAAAGACAGACCAUCUGUCGAAAGACGUUCUCCCGCCGUCUCUCCCAAUUUCCUACCCGCGGCGUUUCCCUUUGUGGCCGCUGAUUGCCGCCUCCGCUAGCCUUCCGGCCGCAUCUCCUUCAGUUUCCAGCCUCCGUCCUUUUCUUCUUGAAGCGGUACUCUACACGCUGGAUUAUACGCUCUGCUCGAUACAGACGCAUCAUCAGCACGCAUUCAAAGGUAACUCAUAACAUCUCUCAGUUUUCGAGUUAAGGGAUGAUGUGUUUUUUUCAAUUCACCUCGUGGUCCUGCCAGUUUAUCGUCUUAGUCAAUUGGUACUCUCGCUUUCUUGUGUUUAUUUUGCCUAACAAAUGGCGGUCAAGCGUUCAGAGGCUAGGGUUUAGCUUCUCAUUGUGCAAAACCUGUGACUUGAAGUUGUCGAUGGGUUUUUUCGAAGUUAUUUUAUGGAGUUAAUGCAAAGGACCGCGGGUUCUGAAUGGCUCAUGGUUCGCUAGUUCGUAUCCGUUCUGACGUAUUUACAUCUCUUAAGGGGGGAAAACGGAUGGUUGCAGAAUUACACUGCGUAGUUGGAGAUGCUUGUUUAGUGAAAAGCUAAUAUCUUGUGCUGAGUAUAAAGUGUAGCUUAGAGUCAGAGAGGCAAGGGUUUGUUUUGGGAGAAGCUAGUCUAUAUAUCGAGUGAAUUGGAAUUCCUCAAUGGUGUGUUCUCAUGAAUGGUUCUAAUCCAUCACUUUGGUUACCUGCUAAAGUACCUUGCUUUAAGAAUAUCUCUCUCUCUUUAGUAUACUUACUACAUGAACAGUUAUAAGGAAAGUAAUCCCUUUUGAACCAUCAUUGUUGCUUUGAGUCAUGAAGUAAUCAAAUAUGGGUAUGCAUGUUGUCUCUAAACAAUACUAGCUCAGGUCUGAUUUCAGUUCUGGAUUUUUUAUUUAUUACAUGAGGACUCUCUUUGCUUGUAACUAGUUCUGGGGAAAUGCUGCUAAUAAUUGUUCACUUGUUCAAGAAAUCUAAAAUUGAAGUUUUCAUGUUUGUCAUAUAAUAGGUUCACAUGGGCACACCUAAAGUAGAAUUCGAUGCGGAGGAUGUGGAACCAAUGGAAGAUGAAGUUGAUGGGGAAUUCACUGAUUCCGAUUCCGACUCAGGGGAGGAAGAUAUCCAAAAACUGACUAAUCCCUCUAAGGAUGCAGUCUACAACCGAGAUGGUAUGAACGAUAAGCUUCAAGAAAUCAGCUGGCCAGAGAACUUGGGUUGGUUGCAUAAACUCUCCCUCGACAUCAAUCAAGAGCAAGAUGUAGAUGUGAACGAUGACCUGGCACGUGAGAUGGCAUUUUACACACAGGCAUUGGAAGGGACAAGGAGGGCCUUUGAGAAGUUUGAAACAAUGGGACUUCCCUUUCUAAGGCCUCCCGACUACUAUGCGGAGAUGGUGAAGUCAGAUACCCACAUGCAGAAAGUGAAGAGCCGUCUCUUGGCUGAGAAGAGGAACAUGGAGGAAGCAGAGGAGAGAAGGAAAGCUAGGGAGUCCAAGAAGCUAUCUAAAGAGGUUCAAGCCCAGAAGCAGAAGGAGAGAGCUACACAGAAGAAAUCUGAGAUUGAGGCUGUCAAGAAGUGGAGGAAACAGAGACAGCAGAACGGGUUUCCUGCUCCUGGUGGGAAGAAGAAUGGCGAUGAGAUUGAUUUGGACUUUGGAGAUGGUGUGAAGCCGUUUGCCAAGUCCAACAAGCAAAGGCCUGGGGUAUCUCCAGGAGACAGGUCUGGUGGCAAGGGAAGAAUGAAAUCAUGGAAGGGCACCGGUAAACCCGAUAAGAAAAUAGUGAAGAGGGACAGGAAGGACUCGAAGUUUGGGUAUGGAGGAAGGAAAGGCAUGAAGAAGCAGAACACUGCCGAUACCACUGAUGAUUUCAGGGGGUUCAGGAAAACAGGUGGCGACAGCGGGAAUAAGAGGAGAAGGAAGCAGUAAGAUGUGGAAACUAUGUAACAGCAAGAAUUUUCAAUGUUCAAAUUUUGUUCGUCUUAAAUGGCAUGCUUGUCUGUCGUAGAAUUGUACUGAAAUUUUGGAUACCCUUAUGAUUCAGUUUCUUCUACAGCUAAAUGAAUGAUUCUAGUGCCUUAUUGGCUCCAUGAUUAUGUGUCAUAAGUGCUCUGUUUUGGCAUUGUUGGUGGCCUGAUCUCUCUGGUUCUGAACUGUAGACAGCACAAAGUCUGGGUUUUUUUUGCAGCUGCUAUGUGUUGUUCUAUCAACUAUUUCUCUUUGGAUGCAUGUUCUCUGAACUUGGGAUCAUUUCCCCUGCUGUGAAGAGGAAUAAAACAAAGGGCGGGAAAAUGGACGAAGCCCACAAGACUAAUGGAUCAAGAAGUUCUUUCCUUAGUAACAAUGAUUACCGUACAGUACAUCAAAUGAUUAAAUGUUCUCCGGCUUGACGGACCUUAGGUAUAUACUUUAGUCUCUUAAUACAGCUUGCCAAGGUCC